AGCUCGACUCCGCAUCGGUUUUUAAUGAGGAGAAUUGCAGAUCUUCUACCCGAUCAUCAUUGAACGAAUUUGCGCAAAUAGGAUGGCUUCGCAGCGACUAAUCGACACAACGCCGGCCAAGCCCCGCUCGAAAGACGUCGAAGUGCUCGUCCUCGGGUUUAGUCGGACAGGGACAAUGUCACUCAAAGUUGCGCUGGAAAAACUAGGCUACACCGUCUACCACAUGUCCGAAGCGCUCAAGAACACGAGCAAAGGCCAUCUCACCUUCUGGAACGAGGCUUUGGAGGCGAAAUUCGAAGGAAAAGGAAAGCCGUUCGGGAAAGAGGAAUUCGAUAAAUUCCUGGGCGACUACAAUGUUCUGGAAGAUAUACCCAGCAUCCUCUUCGCCGACGAACUGCUAGCCGCGUAUCCCGCUGCCAAAGUCAUCCUUACGAAUCGCGACGUGGAUUCCUGGCUCCGCUCGAUGAACGAGACGUUCUUCACGGUUACGAGGUGGAGAAGCAUGCCGUAUUGGGCGAAGUACGAUAAGGUCUUCUGGGGCCCGUACAUGCGCAUCCUGCACACCAUCCUGUCGCACUGGGGCGCUGGGGAUCCGAAUGACCGGCUCGCGCUCCGCCACUCGUAUAUCAUGCACUACGCGCACGUGCGGCGUGUUGUUCUUCAGUCGAGGCUCUUGGAGUUUGAGGCGGGGGAUGGGUGGGUGCCGCUGUGUGCGUUUUUGGGGAAGGAGGUGCCACAGGAAGAGUAUCCGAGAGUUAAUGAUGCGAAGGCGACGGUAAGGUUGCAUGGGUUUUUGCUGUGGUAUAGGGCGUGGAGGAUGUCGAGGGGCUGGAUUGUGGUGGGGAGUGCGUUGGCGGUGCUAGUGUUUGCGGUUUGGUGGCGGGGUUGAGGGUGUGCGGGUGUGGGUAGGGAGUUCGUAUGCGAGCAAUGAGAAUUUAGAGGCGGGCUUGAUGGGACUACGUUCCCUUAGAUGUAGACCCGUGCCUGCUUAAAAGGUAG